AUGGUAGCUGCGUGCAUAGCCAUCAGCACUGCUCUGCUAAGUGGGAUCGCUGUUUUCUAUGUGGUACGCCGUCUGGUCCAGGCCGAGGAAAGACAAAAACUUGCAUUGCUUUAUAAGAACGUCAGGAUACCGUUAUUAGGAGAUGAAGAAGAGGGUGCCGAGGAUGAGGGGCAGACCGAAUCUACCUACCUGCUUCCGGAGAAUGAGAAGGAACUUGAAGGGUUCAUUCAUUCAGGCCUGCGACGCCGCCCUGGGUGUCGGGGCCGGGACCGGGCUGGGCGCGGCCUUGUCCAGGUCUCCGCCCACCCUCCACCCCCGCCUCUCACGGCCACGCGCCGCCCACAGGCCCGGAUGGCGGCGUCCGGGCGGAAGGAGCUGCCUCAGGGCGGUGUGACCUUUGAGGACGUGGCCAUUGACUUCUCCCAGGAGGAGUGGGGGCUCCUUGAUGAGGCGCAGAGACUGCUGUAUUGUGAUGUGAUGCUGGAGACCUUUGCAGUCACAGCCUCCCUGGCCAGACCGGGACUGGGCUCUGCACUGCUCAGAGCAGUGUACUCCCUAAACAGCCCGAACUGUGCAGGGAAAGAGCGUCAGGAGACUUCCAGCCGAAUGCAGCCCCCUUUCCUGCAUCACGACUGGCUCUGCAUUCAUAACACCUCUGUGCCCAGAUUUUGCCCCUUCCUCGAGCUGACAUUUCUUCAUACUUACCUGGAAUUCUGGGACUGGAGGGAUACUCUGAUUGCUUAUGAGGGUAGACAUGACAAGAUAGUCUCAGAGAAAUCUUCCAGUCACAACCACAAGAGGGUCUUCAUUGGAGAGGGGCGGUAUGAGGGUAACAAGUGUGGGAAUGCUGUGAGCUGCAAUUACAGACUUGUUCAGCGCCAGGAGCUUCACAAUGACGAAAGGCCGUACGAGUGUGGCGAAUGUGGGAAAUCCUUUAAGUACAAAUGUUUACUGGUUUACCAUCAGAGAGUUCAUACUGGAGAAAGGCCUUAUAAGUGUGAGGAAUGUGGGAAAUCCUUUAGAGAUUCCUCAUCCUUCAUUCAACAUCGGAAAAUUCACUCGGGAGAAAAGCCGUAUGAGUGUAGCAAAUGUGGGAAAUUCUUUACCCAGGGAUCGAACCUUAAGAAACACCAGCGAAGUCACACUGGAGGAAGGCCUUAUGAGUGCAAAGAGUGUGGGAAAUUCUCUAGUUACUGCUCCUACCUAAGUAAGCACAAGAGAACUCACACAGGAACAGUGCUGUAUGAGUGUUGUAAAUGUGGGAAAUCCUUUAGUCGGGGUUCCAGCCUCCUUCACCACCAGAGAAGUCAUACUACAGCCAGUGCAUAUGAGUGUGGGGAGUGCGGGAAAUCAUUUAGGUACAAGUGUCUCCUCAUCUACCACCAGAGGAUUCACACUGGAGAAAGGCCUUAUCAGUGUGCAGAAUGUGAGAAGGCAUUUCGCAGCCGCUCGGUUCUCACUCAGCAUUGGAGGGUUCACACUGGAGAGAAGCCUUAUCAGUGUGCGGCCUGUGAGAAAUCAUUUCGGAGUCGCUCCGUCCUCACUCAGCAUUGGAGGGUUCACACUGGAGUCAGGCCUUAG